AUGUACGUGGGCUAUGUGCUGGACAAGGAAUCCCCCGUGUACCCCGGCCCCGCCAGGCCCACCAGUCUCGGCCUGGGCCCGCAAGCCUACGGUCCCCCGCCGCCUCCGCAGUACCCCGACUUCACCGGCUACUCUCACGUGGAGCCGGGCCCCGUGCCCCCUGCGGCCUGGAGCACGCCCUUCUCUGCGCCCAAGGACGAAUGGGCCGCCGCCUACAGUCCGGGCCCCGCGGCCUCCACUGCCAGCCCGGCCCCGCUGGCAUUCGGGCCCCCUCCGGACUUUAGCGCGGUGCCCGCGCCCCCGGGGCCUGGGCCGGGUCUCCUGGCGCAGCCCCUCAGCGGCCCAGGCGCACCGUCCUCGCCCGGAGCGCAAAGGCGGACGCCCUACGAGUGGAUGCGGCGCAGCGUGGCGGCCGGAGGUGGCGGUGGCAGCGGUAAGACCCGGACCAAGGACAAAUACCGCGUGGUCUACACCGACCACCAGCGCCUGGAGCUGGAGAAGGAAUUCCACUACAGCCGUUACAUCACCAUACGGCGGAAGUCAGAGCUGGCUGCCAAUCUGGGACUCACUGAACGUCAGGUAAAGAUCUGGUUCCAAAACCGGCGGGCAAAGGAGCGCAAAGUGAACAAGAAGAAGCAACAGCAGCAGCCUUCACAGCCACCCCCGCCCGCCCACGAUGUCACCACCACUCCAGCUGGGCCACCUCUGGGGGGCCUGUGCCCCAGCUCCGCCAGCCUCCUGGGCACCUCCUCCCCAAUGCCUGUCAAGGAGGAGUACCUGCCGUAG